AUGACUGAGGUCAUUGGUAACUUGCGUCGUACUUAUCUUCCCCUACCUACAAAAUUUCUCUUCACUGCUGUCAUUGGUAACUUUGUAUCCGUCCUCACUGAGAGCGAACUCGAGGACGUUUUUGUCAGACUGCAGGACAAACCGGAAGGAUUUGGUUACAUUGAGUUUGCUGACUUCCAGGGUCCUAAACAUGUACUCGAAAAGUCUGGCUCGAAUCUGGCAAGCCGCGUUAUUCAUGUGAGAGUCGCUGAGCCUCAAAGCUUUUGUGGAAGCUACGGCCGCGAGCUGCCUCCACCCUCUGUCUCUGGCACCGGCUCCAACUGGCGAGCCUCUUCCCGCCGCCCACUCCAGUCGUCUAUUGCAUCCUCUUUCGAGUGUGAGGCGGGCGAGCCUAGCUUGCGGUCCACCUUCCGAGAAGGUCCUAUCUUCUCCACCGAUACUAAAGACAGGUGGGCCUUCAGCGGCAAAUACAAGCCGAGCGUGUCGGAGGGUCCUGGCAGUCGGUUCAGCAGCAUGCGUGGCUGCGGUGACAUGGAACUAUCGUGGAACGUGCCCAAUCCGCCGAAGAGGACAACGGCGCAGGCCCCACACGAUUGCUUCCUUUCGUCACGGUAUGUAGCAAGCAACUCUACACCUUCAACUCCUCAGAUGGGGCGGUGGAAGCUCGAGCUCUUGCCCCGAUCCAGUGGCUCCUCCGCUGUCCCUUCUCCUCUCGCGUCGCCUAAUUCGUCCGCAGCAGCGCCCAGUACGCACAAACUUAACCUGUUCAGUGUGGCUAAGCCCGUCGACAUUUCUGGAAGGGAAGCUGCCAUCGAGGAACGUCUUGAAAAGGAACAAGAACAGUUCAAAGAAAGGGCGUCUCACUCGAUGUCAAGAACGUCAUCGCGGACGGCGUCUCAGCGCAGAUGGGACCACCCGGGUACCCCGGCCUCUCCCACGUCUGAUACGCACAAGAGUCCAGUUAUGCUUGCUGCGAAUGUGCGGCCAUUGUUCAGCUUUGCCAGUGCCGCCGCUGGCAAGAAAGAUGCUGCUGGUGACAGUACCGCAGAGAAUGGGACACAUGAGGAAACAGAGAAAAUCGAGGAGGUCAAGAUCUGAUGUGCGUGACAGAAUGCUCACUGAAAGGCGUAGAUUGGACUUGCCUUAAAUGCUGCCAGAAUGAUCGACAGCUUCUGAUUAGAUGCAAUGUACAUCCCUUGCUUGUCUUGUCUUCUAGUUAAUGUUGACUUCUUUGUUGUACUGGAGGGAUCGAACAGCU